UAUUAGCAUUACCACGAACUCCUUCUAGACAAAGAGAGAUUUUGUUUUCUCUUCUCAGAACAAAACCCUAACCGCCGAACGACACCGUUUUGAUCAAAAUGGGAACACCGGAAACUUCACGAGAGCCCUGUCCCGAUCGCAUCCUCGACGACAUCGGCGGAGCCUUCGGAAUGGGCGCCGUCGGCGGCUCCGCCUUCCACUUCCUCAAAGGUCUAUACAAUUCCCCCAAAGGCGAUCGAUUAAUCGGCGCAACACAAGCCGUUCGUCUCAACGCUCCGAGAAUCGGCGGUAGUUUCGCCGUUUGGGGUGGUCUUUUCUCCUCUUUUGACUGUACUAUGGUUUACGUUCGUCAGAAAGAAGAUCCAUGGAAUUCGAUCGUUGCCGGUGCUGCUACCGGUGGUUUUCUCGCCAUGCGUCAAGGUUUCGCUGCUUCCGCUAGAUCCGCUGCGUUCGGCGGCGUUCUUCUCGCGCUUAUCGAAGGCGCGGGGAUCGCGCUUAAUAAGUUUCUUAGUGCUCAGCAGCCUAUGCCGAUUAUGAUGGAUGAGAUGCCGCCGCAGACGCCGGAGAAUUCGGAUUCGAAUAAGUCGUCGUGGUUCGGUGGAAUGUUCGGCGGAGCGAAGGAGGAAGAGAAGAAUGCUAGUGGAGGAAGUGAUGUGAAGAUUCUUGAGAGUUUUGAUGCUCCUCCUGUGCCGAAUUUCGAAUACAAGUGAAUUAGGGUUUGGUUUUGGCCUCUGAGGUAGUGAUUUUUGUUAUGUUUGGAAUUUAAAUUGAAUUUGGAAAAUUAGGGGUUUGUUUUGAACCUCCAAUUGGUGAUUGAUUGAAUAUCUAUCAUAUACGUUAAAUUAGUUAUCUUGUUAGUUCUUGUUUUGAAAUCAACUAUAAUAAUAUGUAACAAGUGUAGUGGUAGAUUUUAAUUACAAUGAUUUAUUUUCAA